AUGGAAGACCCUCUGGAUCACCUUGAUGAGUUUGAUCGUCUCUGCAGUCUCAAGUUCAAUGGGGUCAGUGAUGACGGUUUCAAGCUACGUCUCUUUCCAUUCUCUUUGGGUGACAAAGCUCAUCAAUGGGAGAAAACUCUUCUUCCAGGAUCUAUCACUUCCUGGGAUCAAUGCAAGCAGUCAUUUCUUGCCAAGUUUUUCUCCAACUCUAGAACUGCACGUCUGCGCAAUGAGAUCUCUGGUUAUCAGUCUCAGUGCCCCCACCAUGGUUUCACCAAGGAGUCUCUCCUUAGUACUCUUUACUGGGGUGUUCUCCCAAAGAUCCGGAUGUUGCUUGACACUGCCAGCAAUGGAAACUUUCUGAACAAGGACAUCGACGAAGGUUGGGAGCUUGUUGAGAACCUAUCCAAAUGUGAUGGAAACUACAAUGAAGAUUAUGAUAGAACCAUCAGAACCAGCACAAAUCUUGAUGAGAAGUACAAGAAGGAGAUGAAAGCUGUGAAUGAUAAGUUGGACAAGCUAUUGAUGAGCCAGCAGAGGAACAUCCAUUUCGUCUCUGAAGACGACCCUUUCCAGAUUCAGAAUGGGGAGGGAGAACAAUCUGAGGAGAUAAGUUAUGUCCAGAACCUAGGUGGAUACAAUAAGGGAUACAAUCCUUAUAAGCAGAAUCCCAAUAUGUCCUAUCGAAGCACCAAUGUUGCAAACCCCCAGGAUCAGAUUUAUCCACCUCCACAACAGCAGCAGCAAGGGCAGAACAAACCAUUUGUACCCUACAACCAAGGUUAUGUUCCCAAACAACAAUUUCAGCAAGGUUACCAACCUCCAGCAGGACCACCACCAGGAUUCCAACCUCAACACGCUCCGCCUCCUCAGGCGCCAGACCAUGACAUGAAAAACAUGCUUCAGCAACUCCUACAGGGACAAGCAAGUGGCUCCAUGGACAAUGCUAAAAAGUUUGCUAAGCUGACUCAGAGAUUGGACUGCUCAUACAAUGAUCUGAACAUGAAGAUUGAGACUCUGAAUUCCAAGAUCAAGUAUAUGGAGGGCAAAACUGUUUCUACUUCUGCCCCAAAGCCUGGCCAACUCCCAGGAAAAGUUGUUCAGAAUCCUAAGGAGUUUGCUCAUGCCAUCACGCUGAGGAGCGGUAAAAACUUGCCUCCCAGACAAGGACCUGUUGUAGUCAAUGAGGACAGUGAAGACUUGGAAGGGGAGGAUGUAUGUCAGAAUGAAGAUCUGGUUGUUCCUUUGGAAGAAUCAGAAGUCGUACCUGAAGAAGCUCCUCAACCUGCUGAGAAACAUGCUGAAACACCUGCAGCAUCCAAGGAUAAGCCUGCGAGAUACGUUCCCCCACCAAACAAACCACCUCUACCAUUCCCAAGACGAUUCAAAAAGCAGCAAGCUGAGAAGUAUAAGGCUUUAUUUGAAAAGCAAGUGAGAGAGAUUGAGUUGAGAAUGCCAUUGCUGGAUGCAUUCGCACUUGUCCCUCUUUAUCAGAAGUUCCUCAAAGAUUUGGUUAUGGAGAGAACAAAAGAAGUCCAGGGCAUGGUGAUAUUGAGUCAUGAAUGCAGUGCCAUUAUCCAGAAGAAGAUCACUCCCUUGAAGCUUAAGGAUCCUGGAUCCUUCACUCUACCCUGCUCACUAGGCCCCCUAUCUUUCAGCAGAUGCCUCUGUGAUCUUGGAGCUUCUGUGAGUCUGAUGCCAUUGUCUGUGGCUAAGCGUUUAGGAUUCACAAGAUACAAGGCAUGCAACAUAUCUCUCAUUCUAGCUGACAGAUCAGUAAGACUCCCACAUGGACUCUUGGAAGACCUGCCAAUAAGAAUUGGUGUUGUUGAAGUUCCCACAGAUUUUGUUGUCUUGGAAAUGGAUGAAGAGCCUAAAGAUCCCCUGAUUCUUGGAAGACCAUUCCUAGCCACUUCUGGAGCUAUCAUUGAUGUUAAGAAGGAAGAACUUGCUGAGGAGGAUCAUCUCAAGACAUCCUUGACAAAGAGCGGAUCAGAUGGAUUUUUUCAUGCUGAGAUAAAGGUCUACGAAACAUUGCUGGAUACCUACAAGGCAAUCGAUGAUUCAGAACGUUUUGAAGAAUUGGAUCAGUCUGUCAAGGAGGUAUGCACACUAGAGGAUAAAGUCAGUGGCAGCCCGAUCACUCACCCUACUGUUGACCCUGUCAAUGCGACUGAUGAUGGCUGGUCAGAGUUAAAAGCUCCCAAGGUUGAGCUCAAAAUUCUACCCUCAGGAAUGAGGUUGAGUAAUGAGGAAUUAGAGUUGCUAGUCACUGAGCUUAGAAAAUAUAGAAGGGCCAUAGGUUAUUCCUUAGAUGAUAUCAAGGGGAUCUCACCUAGAGUAUGA